UGCCUGUUUGUGUGUGCGUGUGCGUGUGCGUGCGUGUUUGUGUGUGUACGCGCGGUUUUGGAGUUCAUUUCUUGUUACUACGAUAUCAAUUUUAUAUAUCUGUGUUAAUAGGUUAUUGUUUGGUUACGAAUAUGUCUUCAUAAUGAAUAUUGAAACUGACGCGAAACUGAAAAAUAAUCUGCAUCAGAUCAGGUUUAUUAUGAAAUAUCAUAGAUAUUAAAUAAAUAACGCUUUUGGUACUUAAUUAAUUUACAAUUUGUAAAGCCUUACAGCUAAAUGAAUCCCGCAACGGUUUUGAGGAACAACUUCGCCUAACUCAGUGUAAGAUUUUCAAUCGUUCUAGCCUUCUACGGCUAUCUGUUGCUUCUUAGCUAAUAAUUACAGGGCUUACAGUAUUUGAGAAUGAGGAUGAUUGAGCAAAAUAUUACAAAUUGAUUUCGUUGGACCAAUAAAAGUCACUUAUUACUCAGGGGAUUUUCCAUAUAUGACAUGUAUGCACACAGUGAUGAUGAAGGAGCAAGAGGUGCAAAAAGCGGUCAAGAAAUAAGGUGAAGGAAGAGUAUUGAUCGAUCUUUAAGUGUCAACUACGCUUUUACCGAUCAAGCAUUUUCUCAACUUUCAAUUCUAAUUAAACCAACAUCUUACGCACAGAGUAUUAAAUCCGGCUAUGCUAACUUGAAAGUCGCGCUUUUUGUUCAUUUAGGCUCGGAGUAGCCCGAACCCAUUAUAGAUUUGGCAAUAUCGGCGAUUAUAUGUAAGACAAUAAUUUUGGCAAUCCGGUUUUGGACCGGUUUUAAGCGAUGCACCCAAAAAAUGGGUUAUUUUGGCAAUUCACCCUACUAUUGGUAGCUUUCUCAUUUUACCAUCGGGCCAAUAGUCGUGAGUCACAAUUACGCAUAGGCAAAGCGCUCAACGUGUUUAUGCGUUUUGGCUAUUUGGGUAUAUCGAUGCGAGUGAUACCCUACAACGAUACCACCGAAGAUGUUAGAUGGCUUUUCAAGGAACCCACUAGAAAUGUUUAUAAAAAUAUUACACACUUGGCUGAGACGCAAGAGCAAAAUACUCCCGGUAUUUUUCAUGGUGAUUUUCAUAUGGAAUUUUGUGAUAAUCGCCGGCAGUUAUAUCAGGCAUAUUUUCGCGAUUUUACCAUAGAACGUUUAGAUAGGCCAUGGGAGGCAUUUACCGGUGGUUGGUUUCCUGAUAAUGCCGCUAAGAAAUUGGGUAUCAAUACUUCAUUUAUACAGGGCGAUUAUUCGUAUGUGUUAGUACGCGUCGUACGCUUUAGAGAAACGGGAAAAUUUAAAACUGAACUACCUGCCAGUUUAACAUUGGAAAGUGACGUUAAAGAACGUAUUCAAAACAUUAUAGCCGGUAAUGUUACUACGGCAGUUAAAUUCUUUGAAAAUGUCGGUACACACUACAUUAACUCAUAUACUACCGGCAAUUCCCUAUAUCAGGUUUUCGUUUACAGCCGCAAAAAUUAUCAAAUGAUUAAAGAACGCAUUAAAACUAAAGGCAUUAAUGGUCUUUCUAAACAAGAUCUCUAUCGCUUUUUUGCACCCUGGUUUGCCGAGCAUCUCGGUCAGAUACGUUCGGCGAGCGCCAAUACCACCGUGGAACGUUGGGCUCGUCGUAAACUGCAAUAUGAAUAUUUGCUGGUUAAAUAUGUUACAUUGCUCAAGUUGCAUGGUAACGGUACUCUAUUACGUACUUUAGAUAAUCUCUUAGGUAACGAUGCAAUCUUACAGUUAGAUUUAAAGUCAUUAAAUAUCAUUUUUCGCAAUGAGCCUGAAAAGCAAAAUUGGUUUCACGAAGUACUCGAUAAUCAUAUGAAAUUGUGGGAAGCAAAUAUGCCACAAAACUGAUUCAAUAACCGUUUGUCGCAACAAUUCCUAAUAACGUAUUGAAAAGAAAAUGGCGGCUACCACCAAUAGUUUAAAAAAAAAAAACAAAAAAAGGAAAAUAAUAAUAAAAUAAUUGAAAAAGAAGGAAUCUACGAGAUUUUCAAGAAAGAUUACAAAGCAUAGAAAGUGGCUUACAUCUAUCUUACCUGUACAUAUGCUAAGCAGCAGCAGCAGCAGCAGCAGCAUCAGCAGCAGCGGAUUCACUAUAUUGCUCUUUUUAUGUCUUGCUAAAUGCCGUAGCACACAAUAAUCUAAACAUUUGUUCGCUUUGAGCUAUCGCUUUUAUGGAAAGCACUUACUAUAGUUUAGUUGUCUGUUAAUUAGAAGAAAUUUAAGUAAAAUAAUUUAAUUAAUAUUCGAAACCUGUGAUAGUUUUUUAGAGCAUUAUGAUGUAUGUAUGUAAGAAAGUGAUUAUUUUAAGAACUAUUAAGGCUUUGUCGGCGAUUAUGUUUAAAAGAAAAGCUCAUUUAAUAUUUGUAUAGAAUGAUUGUCUCGACUUAGUAUAUCAUCUUUUUUUAUUAUUUUCUUCUUUAUUCUGUUUUUUUUUUUCAAUAAUUGUUUAGAGUAUAAAUGGCGUAAAUGGCUUGCAAUUAAGUCGUAUAAAGUAAAUAUAUAAUUUU